GGCUAUAAAGUGGAUUUUGUAUAAUUUCUGCGCACUUGAAAGCUAAAAAAUCGUAUUUUUUAGGUUCCACUUAAGACAUUCGAAGUGACAAACAAACAGUUUAAGAAAAGUGCUCGUGCGCAAAGCACGCAAAAGCGGUAGAUACAAAAAAAUUCAACAAAAAUUAAUAAAAUAAAAUAAUUUGGUUUGGAAUAUACAACUAUAUAUAAAAAAAUAGGCGAUAAAUGUAAAAAAUAUAAAUAUAUUUAACAAAAAAAAAAAUUUGAUCAAAAAAAAUGUGGACUUGUAACGUAUUAAAAUAAAUUAAAACGAACUUUUUCUUAAAACAAAUAUUUAAGAAAUAAUAAAAAGAAAGUGUUUGUAAUUUAAAUGCUGCACUUAAAACAGUUUUUAAACAUCUUUUUAUUUUAAACUAUUUUUUUUUCAUUUCUUUUGCAAAACAUUUCAUUUGAAAGAAGUACUGCAGUUUCUUUGACUGUGCAACAAAAAAAAAAUAAAAUAAAAUAGAAACUGAAACUAAAAAAAAACUCGCGUGGAAAAUUUUCCCCUCUUUAUCAACAAUUUUCUUUUAAUGUUUAUUUUCUGUGUUUUUGUUUUGAAAUUUAACGAUUUUGUUUUUCUAUUAUUUUGAACAUCUAACGUGUUUUCUUCAACUCAACGAGUAGUGUCUGUGCUGUUUGUUACACUUGCUACAAAAUCUAAAUCUCCAGACAUCAGCGUCAUUGAUUUUUCAUUUGUGCAACAUUAUUUCUGUUACCAUUUGAUGUUGUUGUUUUCAUGCUGUUGCCUGAACAGUUUCAGUUUGGAGUGCGUUUAACAAAAAGUUUGAGUGCAUUAUAGACAACAUCGUUUUUCAUUCACUAUCAACAACUUUUAACUCUAUAUUAAAUCCACUUACUGGGAAACUCUAUACACAGACAAAAUAAGAAAAUCUUGUUGUAAAUCGAUUGCUGCAACUUACUUUACUUCUGCUACUCUAUACAGCAAAAAUAAUAAUAACAACAACGACUUAUUACAACAUAACUACCACAUUUCGUAGCAAGCUAGUAAAAAAGAAACAAAACAAAAAAAAAUUAAAAAAGAAAUAAAGCCAGAAGAAAAUCAGUGCAACAACUAUAACGAAUAAAUAAUAAUAAAAAAAAAAUAUUUCUUGUUGCAAUUUUUUUUUGUUUUUAAUUCAACGUGCAAAUAAAAUCAUAAAGUGCAUUAUUGUGUUUUUGAGAAAAAAUAUUAAAUAAAAAAAAAUAAAUUCACAAAAAUAACAGCAAAUAAUUUUUGUUUUAAAAAAAGAAUUGAAAAAAUAGUUGCAUUAAUUGUUGUUGCAUUUUGGAAAAUUUGUGGUGUGAAUAUAUUUUCCUUUGUUUUUCAAUUCGCAUGAACUUUAUUUCACAAAACUAUUUCUAACUAAAUUACAAUUUUUUUGGGAUUUCAACACUUUGCCACUCAUCAUCAGCAUAAUAAAUAAAUAAAUUACCAGACAGACAACAUGGGUUUACUACAAAAUCUUAACACCUUAUUAUGGUUAUUUGGAUUAUUCUGUGUGAUUAGCAAUACAGCUGCCCAAUCACAAAACAAAAGAUCCUCACGUAUUACCAGUUCACGUACCAGCUUUGGUACUAAUGUCAAAUCCUCAUCUUCCUCAUCAUCAUCCUCCUCUUCGGUGAAUGGUGUCAAUUUCGAUUGCCCCGAAGAGUUUGGCUACUAUCCCCAUCCCACCGACUGCACCCAGUACUAUGUGUGCGUUUUCGGUGGUGCCUUAUUGGAAAGUUGUACUGGUGGUCUGAUGUACUCUCAUGAGUUACAGACUUGUGAUUGGCCCAGAAAUGUGGGCUGUGAAGUGGUCGAUACCAAUGAACGUCGUCCUCAGCAGCAGCACCAACAGCAUCAACAACAAACCAAUGCCAAUCAACAUGUACCCAGUAGAGUGCGUUUUGGUUCGGCCUUUACCAGUCCCCAAGAGGUACGUACCCAGCCACCUCAGCAGGUUUUGAAAGCCACAGUGCCUCCACAAUAUCACAGACAACCACCACAAGUUAUACAGGCUCAGGUACAGACAAUUCCUCAACAGUCGGAGUUAAAGGUGCAACAGAAUCCAAUAAUUACAUCCAGAGGUCAACCCAAACAUUUGUUGGAGGCUCAGGAAGAAAUUGCUAAGCUCUACGCUGAUGCCCACGAAACCUUACUACCCGUCGAGGAAGAAGAAAGUGAUCGCCAGCAACGUGUUUAUCGUGGCCAACCUAGUACUGUGAGUCAAGUGCAAAAGGAUCGUGAUGGUAUCAUUCAUCAAGCCAGUAUCAAUGCCAUACCCAAUAAUGAUAAAUUCAGUUCGUACAAUUUCGGUACCCAAUACCGUAUUGAAACCUCAUCACCAUCAUCAUCCAUACAAUCGGCCACACCGGCAACCAUUUUCAUACAAACGGCUAGACCACCAACAUUACAACAACACCUUCAUCAGCCCCAACAACAACAACAACAGCAACAUGUUAUUGUUGAAACUAUACCCUCAACACAAACACAAAAUCGUAAUCAACAACAACAGCAACAUCAAUAUCAGCAACAAUUAUCACCACCAUUACCGACAUUAGCUCAACCCCAACCAUUUAGUCAAAAUCGUAAUUAUUAUAAUACAUCUGGGUCUUAUAAUCAUAACAACAAUAACAAUUAUCAAAAUCAUAAUGUUGUGUCUUAUAUACCACAACAACAACAACAAAUACCUUUACAACAUUCAUUACAAAAUCAACAACAACAACAACAAACCCAACAACAACAACAAUCAUUAAUAACACAAAACGAUAAUGUUCAACAAUCUGAACAAAGUCCUUAUGAUACUUAUUAUUCUGUUUAUGACGAUGAUAUUGAUUUGUAUAGGGACAUAGAAUAUCAACAACAACAGCAGCAACAACAACGUCAGCAGCAACAGCAACACCGACAACAACCACAACAACAGCCUCAGCAAUAUCAACAACCUAUUAGAUCCCAACCACAAUCGACAUAUCGCCCCUUGGAAAUAUUUACCACACCAGCACCGCAACCACAGCUUCCAGCGUUACGAGAAACUUAUAAACCCCAACCUAAGCCACAAGAGAGGCCCACUUAUCAAUCGAAUCAACAGCCUUUGGUAUAUAAUGCUGAUUACGAUGAUGAUUUGAUAGCACAAAUCGAACAAGACAAUGCCUACGAUCAACCCACUAGAACACCACCCUCAAGAAUCAAUUCGAAUAGCAACAGGAAUCGCGGCAACUCAGCUUAUCAAGGGGAUCGUGAUGCGGCACCAGUAACCAGCAAUCGUGGAACACAUCCACCACGUACUCGUCCCACAUUGAAACCUUCCGGUACUAUUGUCAGCAAGGCUCAAGAAUUCGUUGAUAUUUAUAAAAAUCCACCCACCCGGCCAGAUCCUCUAUAUCCACAACCUCAACCUGAUAAAACCGCCGCCAAAUGCCGUAAAGAUGUGUGUCUAUUGCCCGAUUGUUAUUGUGGUGGCAGGGAUAUACCCGCUGAUCUACCGGUGGAACAAGUUCCUCAAAUUGUUUUGAUUACCUUUGAUGAUUCGGUCAAUGACUUGAAUAAACAAUUGUAUAUUGAUUUAUUCGAAAAGGGUCGUGUUAAUCCUAAUGGUUGUCCCAUCACGGCCACUUUUUAUGUCUCCCACGAAUGGACCGAUUAUAGUCAAGUACAGAAUUUGUAUUCGGAUGGUCAUGAAAUGGCUUCACAUACUGUAUCGCAUAGUUUCGGUGAACAAUUCUCUCAAAAGAAAUGGACCCGUGAAGUAGCUGGCCAACGUGAAAUCUUGUCUGCCUAUGGUGGUGUCAAGCUAUCCGAUGUCAGAGGCAUGCGCGCUCCCUUCUUGUCAGUGGGUGGCAAUAAAAUGUACAAAAUGUUAUACGAUUCCAACUUCACUUAUGACUCAUCUAUGCCUGUCUAUGAAAAUCGUCCUCCCUCUUGGCCCUAUACCUUGGAUUAUAAAAUUUUCCAUGACUGUAUGAUACCACCCUGUCCCACGAAGAGUUAUCCGGGUGUGUGGCAAGUACCAAUGGUUAUGUGGCAAGAUUUGAAUGGUGGCCGUUGUUCUAUGGGUGAUGCUUGUUCUAAUCCUUCGGAAUCGGAAGGAGUAACGAAAAUGAUAAUGAAGAAUUUCGAAAGACAUUAUACGACAAACAGAGCUCCUUUUGGUUUGUUCUAUCAUGCUGCUUGGUUUACUCAGCCUCAUCAUAAAGAAGGUUUUAUUAAAUUCUUGGAUGCUAUUAAUGCCAUGCCUGAUGUUUGGAUUGUUACCAAUUGGCAAGCACUACAAUGGGUUAGAGAUCCUACGCCCAUUUCCAGAAUGAAUACAUUCCAACCUUUCCAAUGUGAUUAUUCGGAUCGUCCCAAACGUUGCAACAAUCCUAAAGUAUGUAAUCUUUGGCAUAAAUCUGGCGUCCGUUACAUGAAGACCUGUCAACCCUGUCCUGAUAUUUACCCAUGGACCGGCAAGACUGGCAUACGAUCAUCACGUAUCGACAACGACAUUGAAGAUUCAGCGUAAAUGACACAUGAAUGAUUUCCGCAAAAAAAAGUAACAAUUUUAGAAAUAAAUUUUGAAAAACUUUAUAUGGCACAAAAUAUUUAGAUAUUCAAAAUUCUAUUCUUAAAAUAAAAACAUUCACUCGUUUUUCAAAUAAAUUUAAAAUCAUAAAAAAAAUUAAGCACAAAUUAUA